UUGAGGCUAGUGCCGGAAAUUUUAAUAGUUGGGUCAACGAUGCAUAAUUAACAAUAUCAGUAAGCCAGAUAAGACAUUUGCCAACUAUUUCCGCGGGCGUUUUAUUGUACGUGUGCGUUCGUUAUACGACGAGGUGACAUUCGAUAAGAGUACGUGGGGCUCGGAAACAAAUAAACAUAAGCUUCGUGGGCUAUUAGUAUGAGGUGCUGGCCGUGUAGGUUGAAGGACGAAGACGAGGACGAGGACGCAGCGGUAGCGAGGUGUCGCUGCGGUGAGCCACUGAUGGUGAGAGGUCGUGAUCUGCUCUCCGGACUUCCGGGAGACGGGCAGUCCGCAGUCUUCUCCUUGCUGUGGCGAUCGGCACUACCUCGGGUCCCCGUGAUUCCUUUGUCAAACUGCCCAAGCGCCGAAAUGCGUUGUGUGCUCCUACUUUUUUUCUAUUACGAGCAUUCAUAUCAAUAGUAGCACAGAUUCUAAUGAAGUUCGAGAGAAGUAGAGAAGUGAACCUUGCAAUAAAUGGAUCAAUCAGGUUCCUCGAGACUGUCGAACCUACAAGUGCGAACGGAGGAAACACGCAGCUUCCGUAGGGGAAGUCUUGCAGCAAACCUAAUCGGCCUCGGAGGACAUCCAGAUGCUUUCGAUGUUGCUCGACGCAGAUUAAGCAAUGUCAGCGAUGUCGUUUCUCGAAAAAUAUCGCGAACUAUCGGAUGGCGCUCCUUAUCAGUUUCCGUGGAGCUUACGGUUUCACAGGGCACAUCAUUGUGUGCGCAAUACAUGCGCAACCGACUUAAGCGCUCGGGUAUUUUCCGACGGAAGCUCGGCCUAAAGCGGAUGCGGAGCGCGAAACUCCUGUCCGGCGGUGCCUUGGUCGCUGAAGUUUACCCAGAGCUUGCGGCCGUGGGCACUGAGCUCGAGAGAAUGCAUCCGAAGUUGUUCGAGAGGGUCGGUCGGCAGAUCGGUUGUGGCGCCUUUAGGAGCGAGCAGCGGGUGACUGAGGCCUUGACCGAUGUCGCUCGGGAGAUGCUCAGGACUGGAGAAUGCAGCUGGGAGAAAAUCGUCGCCCUGUACGCGAUUGCCGGAGGCAUGGCCGUCGACUGCGUCAGACAGGGAAAACCGGAGUUUCUCGUUACCAUACAGCGAGCCAUGGCGAUGGUGCUCGAAGAAGACCUCGCUGCGUGGAUUCAGGCCAACGGUGGAUGGAAUGCUUUGAUUAUACGGUACAGACCAGUGCUAAAACAAAUAGGAUGGCAAACUAAUACAGUAAUUUUAUUCAUCGCCAUAACAACAAUAUUUAUCAGCAUUCUUUCAACAUCAAUCAGGAUAUUUUUAUUGUAAUAAAAUUAUUUACUACGAUAAAGAAACAUAUG